AUGUCUGACCCCUCGGCCGAGCUCCAAUCCAGCCUUCGCAGUCUGGCCAUUGGCGAAAAAGGACCGGUGCAGGACAUUCUACGCCCGACCACGAAGACCUCCCCUGCGUCAAAGACCAAGAAGGCUAAGAAACCCGUCGCUGACUCAUGGGAGGACGAGACAGAGCCUUCAGACGACGAACCCACACCGCAAGAUGUUGCAUCCCCGUCAAGCACCCUGUCACCUACCAUUAGUGCAGAGGGGCCACUAGAUCCCCCGCCUACGCCUAUCUCGCCGCAGACGUCGCAGUCAUGGGGUCCCGCGAUGCCGGCGCCCACGUCGGCCGGACCGGGCGGUCCCGCUCGCCGGCCAGAGAAACAGACUGCUGUCGCUGGCCGGCUGAUUGCUGGUGCGUUGGGGAUCCGGGCACCCAAGCGCACCGAGGAGCAGCGUGCCUAUGAUCGUGCUACCAAGGAGCAGGAGAUCAAGCGCCGUAACCGCGAGCGCGAGGAGCAGGCUAAGGCCAAGGAGGAAGAGGAGCGUGUGAAGUCUUCUGUGUGGACGGACUAG